AUGGAAUAUUUAGACUAUCUAAAACCUUUAUCAUCAAGUGAUCCUUUUUUACAAAUCACAGGGAUAACCCGUAUCGCAAGUGCUGUAAAAUCUCAGCCUUCACCUAUAUUUGUCAACACUGUCGCUAUGAACAUGGCAGUAGAAUUCACAAAAUCUUCUAACUACGUAAGGCAUUUUAUCUGUCAAUUCUUUCAGCAGUGCAGCACUGAGAUGUGUAUGAUAAAGACCAAGGUCGAUUUCUUCCGCCAACUGACCUCAAUUUUGGACCAAAACGACCCUGUUGCGCAAUGCCAUAUGUUAAAAAUUUUAGGAUCUUUAGCGCCACUUCUUACAGAUCUUUUAGAAGUCCAUCACAAAAUUCUCUUAGCGUUAGAAAGCCCACAUAGACAAGUCAGAGAAACAGCCAGCAGCAUUUUGCCUAGACUUAUUUCCUUUGCUCCAAGCAUUGCUAGACAUGUGUUUGAUAAACAAAUUUCAAGGCACUGUGUGAGGAAGCUGCUGCAAGUGUUACCAGAUGAUGAAGAGACUAUUAAAAAAGCAUAUGCUUUUAUAGUGCAAAGGUUUCAGAAGACUGAAAUGAUGGAACAUAUGUCAUUUUUAGCACUGAGGAGCCAGAGAUUGGUCAAACACGUCAAAGAAAUUUUGAUUAAAUAUAAUGAAAUCAAUUUGUUGAAAGAACUUUGUAAGCAUUAUGGGAGUAAUGAAGUUCUUGGAGAUGAAGAUAUAACGAGAUUGAGGUCUAGAGGGGUCAUUUUUAAAGAAGGAAGUGAAACACAAAGCAUAAGUGAAGAAAAUGGUAUUGAAAAUAUGCUGAAAAAAGAAAAUUUGAAAGAAAAUGAGUAUAAAGAAAUUUAUAAAAAUUGAGAUAAAAACUGUGAUUUUGAGUGAAUUGCGAAUAGGCUUGAAAAAUUGAUUAACGAGAAGUCAAAAGAAGUAGAUUUUUGUUGUAAAUUGGCAAAAUUGCUGAGGCUGCCUCAAAUUUAUAUAGAAAACUUAUUGAAAUUAGAAGCAGCUGACCCUAAAGCUACAUUAGAGUUUGCCUAUAUGAUUAUCAGAGUUGGCUGGCUUGACCCUUUGAAUGAGAUUAUACACAAAUUAGAUACCUGGCAGCAGUAUUUAGUAGCCUGUGAGCUGAUGACAGAAGGUCUGCAUUCUAAAGCACUAGAACUUUUUGUCAAGCUUAAAACAGAAUUUAAAGGCUCUAAUGAAAAAAUCUAUGAGUGGCUCUGCACACUAAAAAUUAUUUCUGAGUACGAGUCUCGCAGAGAUAGAGUUGUCGAUGGUUUUGCUGCACUUUCCCAUUUAGGCUGCCUAGACUUAGGACACAAAAUCUAUUUUCAAUCAGAAUUUUUACUAUGCCGUCUUCUAUUAGUCCAGUAUCUUAAAUCCUUACAAUCAAGCUUAGAUAUUUCUACAAUAAUUCCUGAAUUUGUGAAUAUUAGAAGCAGGCUAAACAACCUACUGUUUUUAUUCUUCAAAUUGCCAAAAAGCACUACACAAUGCAUUAAAAAAUGGAGGGAUAUUGUAGGGAUGCUUUAUUUAAUCCUAAAUUCUAUAAAAGAAGGAAAAGAUUUUCAGUUUCGGCUGAAAAGGUAUUACCCGAAAUCACACUUUUUGCUUGAAAGUAUAGGGAAUUCUGCAGAAGAGGUCGUGAAUUUUGUAUUAAAUAUCCCAAUGAAUUAUCCGAAACAGUUCUUCCAGUUUAAUAACCCAAUCAGUAUUUCUCUUGAUGUGAAUCAAGACGGAAUGAUCAAAAUAAACCGAGGAAAAGAGUUUCUUAUAGAAGCUUCUGCAAAAGUGACUGAGCUUUCCCACAAACCCCCACUUUUACAGUUCAACGUAAACGGUUCUCAAAUAGAAAAAGACCCAGAAUUCAGUUUUUCUUACACAAAAAAAGCGACAGCUGCUGGCGUCUGCAAUAUCACAAUUCCAAUUGUCCCUACAAAUAUAGGAAUUUAUAUCGUGAAAAUCCAUGCCACAAUUUUAGACUCAAAAUUAAGACAUAUAGGGAAAAGCGAAUACGGAGAAAUAAUUUUAGAAUGCAUUUAA